CCUCCAUCCACACACAUCCACAAGUCUCGCAAUGAUUGCUGCCCGCACGUUCGUUUCUCUACCCUACACCCUAUGUUCAGCCGCCCAGGCGCCCUGACCCCCAAGCGACCCACGACAUUCGGUAGUCGGUAGAUAAAAGCUUUCACCACAGUCGACAUUUUACACCAACACAUCUCUAUCCCCACCAUUGACUUCGUCCAUAUCCUCUACCAUGGCCCCUCCUACAGCAACAUACACCGAGACCACCCCUUCUGCCGGUUUUGACAAAGCCGAUUCUCAGCCAGAAGGCACGGCUACCAAUGAGCCCAAGCUGACUCAACGUGGAGCCGAAGCAAAGAUGCAGUUCUUCCCUUCUCCACCCAAGUUCACCGACAAGUACGAGGAACGACAAUAUCUCAAGGAGCGUUUGGCUCUUGCCUUUCGCAUCUUUGGCAAAUAUGGGUUCGACGAAGGAGUUGCAGGUCACAUCACCAUCCGAGACCCAGUAGACCCUCACACCUUCUGGGUGAAUCCCUUCGGACUCGCCUUUUCCCUGAUCAAAGCCAGUGACCUGAUCUUGGUCGACCACGAGGGCAAGGUCAUUGAUGGCGGUCCCAAUCGCCUUCUCAACACAGCUGCGUACAUGAUCCAUUCCGCCGUCCACGGUGCUCGCCCUGAUGUCAACUGCGCCGCGCAUUCGCACUCUAUCUACGGCCGAACCUUCUGUACAUUGGGCCGCGAGCUUGACAUCACUACCCAAGAUUCAUGCGCGUUUUAUAAGGAUCAUGCUGUCUACGAACAAUUCAAGGGAGUGGUUCUGGCCAAGGAAGAAGGCGAGAACAUUGCCAAGGCCAUUGGAAACAAGAAGGCCGUUCUCCUACAAAAUCAUGGUCUGCUCACCGUUGGUCAAACUAUCGAAGCCGCUGUCUUCUGGUUCCUCAGUCUUGAGAAGUGCUGUCAUACUCAGCUUUUGGCCGAUGCCGCCGCCGCUGGACGCGGUGGCACCACUGUCAAGAUUGACGAGGAAGACGCCAUUUUCACAUACAAGGCGGUGGGCACUCCUCGAGCAGGGUGGUUCAGCGCGAAGCCUCUGUUUGAUUUAAUGGAAAAGGAGAUUGGUGAUGAAUACAAGCAGUGAGCGGGUUGGCUGGCUCAGCUUGCUGGGAAAGUACAUAAUGACUGUGAUGUUGAUACCAGAAUGAAAUUGUACUCGGAUAA